ACACUCUCAAUUUUACCACACAUAAACACUAAUCACACCCCCCCCACCCCCACCCCAAAUACCUCUAUGACUGGAACUCAGCCUUUUUUAUGCAUUUAAAUAUGAACUAUUUGCAGAAAAAUUUGAGUCUUGCUCAUGUUUUCUAUGUCAUCACAAAGACAAAAACUACUCAGUUGAGUUGUUUUCUUUCUUGGCUGCAUUAGAACCUGCACAAGAACCACCACCAGGCAGCUACACUCGUUAGCACUCACUCUCUUUCUCUACACGCCCCCAAAGAAAUUCUUCUGUCUUCACAAUAAGUGCAACUCCACUGUUUUCUUGGGGUUCUGGUGGAAAAAUUUAAGUAGCAUUCUGUGGUGAUGCCCUCAGGUACGCUGCUGAGUGGUUUGUGAUGGUGGCGGUGGUUGUGGAGUUAUUGGCGUUGCAGGUGCCUGAAAAUGGUUAUGGAAGCAUUAAUGAUGCAAAAGUCUUGGUCUUGAAGGCCUGAGGAGUAGGGGUUCUUGGGGGUGGCUGGAGGGUUGUUUGAUAAAUUAUAGUUUCCAACUCUUUUCUUGAUUUCUUGUGUGUUUUUAGGCCUUGGGAGAAAUGGGUUUUGGAAUCUUUGGUUCUUUUUUGGUACUAACGCUGUUCUUUAAGCCUUUGGUUUGCCAACAGCCCAACACAGAUGAGUCCUUUGUGUUUGAAUUCUUGCAAAAGAUGGGCUUAAAUCCCCCUAAAGAAUAUGGAUUUUCUGGCGCAUUUUGUGAAUGGAGAGGUGUGUUUUGUGAUGACAAGGGGGAGAAUGUUGUUAGGUUGGAAGCCUCUGGUUUGGGUUUGUCUGGUGUGAUUCCUGAUACCACCAUUGGGAAAUUGAUAAAGCUUGAUACUUUGGAUCUUAGCAAUAACAGAAUCACUGCUUUGUCUUCUGAUUUCUGGAGUUUGGGCUCACUCAAGAAGCUUAACCUCUCACAUAACCAAAUCACUGGGAGUCUUUCUAGUAACAUGGGCAACUUCGGAAGACUUCAAAGCUUGGACCUUUCUUUCAAUAAUCUCUCCGGGAGUAUCCCUGAAGCAAUCAGCUCCCUCAGCAGUUUGCAAGUUCUGAAUCUCAGUCACAAUGGACUGGAAUCAGUAAUUCCAAUGGGGAUUGCUCAAUGCCGGUCUUUAGUUUCCGUUGAUCUAUCGGAAAACAGUCUCAAUGGUUCUCUUCCUGAUGGUUUUGGUGCUGCAUUGUCACAACUGAAGUUCUUGAGCCUAGCAGGAAAUGAGAUUGUGGGCCGAGCUUCGGACUUUAAAGGGAUGAAGUCCAUCAGCUAUCUUAAUAUUUCGGGCAACCAGUUUAAGGGUUCUGUUGUUGAGGUCUUUGAAGGGCCAUUGGAGGUGAUUGAUUUGAGCAGAAACCAGUUUCAGGGCCACAUUGCUCAGGUAAACUUCAGUUCAACCUUCAAAUGGUCAAAUUUGCUGUAUUUGGAUUUGUCAGAGAAUCAUUUGAGUGGAGAGUUUUUCACUGACUUGAGUCAUGCUCAGAAUCUUAAACACCUCAAUCUUGCAUACAAUAGAUUUACCAAACAGCGGUUCUUUCAAGUUGAUAUGCUCACCAACUUAGAGUAUCUGAAUUUAUCUGGAACUAAUUUGAUCGGUCAAAUUCCCAGCAAUAUCUCGAGUUUAGUUAGUUUAAGAACGCUGGAUCUUUCUGAAAAUCAUCUCAGCAACCAUAUCCCUCCAAUUCUUGCCAAGAACCUUAAAGUUCUUGACCUUUCUUGCAACAAUCUAACAGGAGACAUCCCAUUAAUGCUGAUAGGUGAACUCCACGCGAUGGAGAGUUUCAAUUUCUCUUAUAACAACCUAAGCUUUUGUGCUUCACAAUUUUCCCGCGAAACCCUUCAAGCUGCUUUCAUCGGAUCGGUGAAUAGCUGUCCAAUUGCUGCAAAUCCGGACUUCUUCAAGAGAAAAGCUCCAAAGCAUAGGGGCCUCGAAAUUGCAUUAGCUCUGACCAUCUCAAUGGUUUGUUUGCUUGUGGGCUUGCUCUUUCUAGCAUUCAGAUGUAGAAGAGAAACUAGAAUGUGGGUUGUGAAACAGAACUCGUUUAGGGAAGAACAAACUGUCUCGGGACCCUUCUCCUUCCAGACAGAUUCAACCACUUGGGUAGCUGAUGUUAAGCAAGCAACAUCAGUGCCAGUUGUAAUCUUUGAGAAGCCAUUGCUGAAUUUCACAUUUGCUGACCUCUUGUCUGCAACUUCUCAUUUCGAUCGGGGUACAUUGCUGGCAGAAGGCAGGUUUGGGCCGGUUUAUGGUGGACUUUUGCCGGGAGGAAUUCAUGUUGCUGUUAAGGUUUUGGUUCAUGGCUCCACCAUGACGGAUCAGGAAGCUGCGAGAGAACUUGAAUAUCUUGGUCGGAUUAAACAUCCUAACCUCGUUCCACUAACCGGAUAUUGCUUGGCUGGAGAGCAGAGGAUUGCCAUUUAUGAUUACAUGGAAAAUGGAAACCUGCAGAACCUGCUGUAUGAUUUACCCCUUGGUGUGCAAACUACAGAAGACUGGAGCAAUGACACAUGGGAAGAUGAAAAUAACGGUAUACAGAACAUCGGCUCUGAAGGGUCCCUAACUAAUUGGAGAUUCAGGCACAAAAUUGCACUGGGCACUGCUCGUGCACUUGCAUUUCUUCACCAUGGCUGCUUUCCUCCUAUCAUUCACAGAGACGUCAAAGCAAGCAGUGUAUAUCUUGAUUCUAACUUAGAGCCAAGAUUAUCAGACUUUGGAAUUGCUAAGAUUUUUGGGAGUGGACUCGAGGACGAGAUUGCUCGUGGAUCACCAGGAUACGUGCCACCAGAGUUUCUUCAGCCAGAAGGUAGCUCACCAAAAGCUCCAACACCAAAAUCUGAUGUAUACGGAUUUGGAGUUAUUCUUUUCGAGCUAAUUACUGGCAAAAGACCCAUCGAUGAUGCUUAUCCGGAUGAAAAGGAAGCAACAUUAGUAAGUUGGGUGAGAGGAUUAGUGAGGAGAAACCAAGCAUUACAAGCUAUAGAUCCCAAGAUCCGUGGAACAGGACCAGAUGCACAAAUGAUUGAGGCUUUGAAGAUCGGAUACCUCUGCACCGCUGAAAUUCCUUCUAAACGGCCCAGUAUGCAACAAGUAGUCGGACUACUCAAGGACCUUGAACAGAUUACUCUUUAGUGAAGACAUUGCACAGGAUUCAGCUCUUUCUUUCCUUUCUUUCUUCUUCGGUUCUUUUAGUGUUGUGAGCUCUAUGCUGCCAUGAGAAGAUUGUAUAGCAGCCGACUUUUGUUUCUGACUUUGCCAUGUUUCUGAUUUCCCAUUUCGUGUUUGUGGCUAAAAUGUCUAAUUCCAUUCACCCCUGUUUGAUCCU